UAUCGCUUAUCGCUGAUCUCCAAUUUAAGUCAGCUGUAUUUGUUUAUGUCUGUAAUUUUAGAUUUGAUUAUUCUUAAUAGGGAAAAUGUUGCGAUUUAGAUCUUUCCAGAUUUGUAAGCGCACACUAGCUACACAUCCGACACCAAAGCAACAAGAACUUAUGGCGCGUGGUUUACCUAAACGGGCGCCCUUGCCAGGCGUAACAGAUAUUGUAGUUGUAGCUUCCGGAAAAGGCGGUGUAGGAAAAUCUACUGUAGCUGUAAACCUUGCUGUUAGUCUCGCAAAUAUGGGGAAACGUGUUGGUUUAUUGGAUGCCGAUAUUUUUGGCCCAUCUAUACCACUUAUGAUGAAUAUACAUGAAGAGCCCUUGGUAGAUGAACAGAAUUUCAUGAUACCACCUGUCAAUUAUGGAGUUAAAUGCUUAUCAAUGGGAUUACUUGCAAAACAAAACGAUGCUAUAAUUUGGCGUGGGCCACUGGUAAUGUCUGCUGUGCAGAGGCUUUUAAAAGGUGCAGUUUGGGCUCCCAUAGAUAUACUAAUUGUCGAUACACCACCUGGCACUGGCGAUGUACAUCUCUCUCUUGCGCAAAACGUACCAAUUAGCGGCGUUUUAUUGGUUAGUACGCCACAAAAGGCAGCGCUUGAAGUCACCCUACGUGGCGCACAAAUGUACCGAAAGUUGGGUGUACCGAUUGUGGGUUUAGCGGAAAAUAUGGGUCAUGCCAUAUGUGGGAAUUGUCAGUCACGAAUGGAGAUUUUUAAAAAUGUUACCAACAUUUUCACAAAACAAAUCGACAUCAAAGUGUUAGCAUCCAUUCCUCUGGACGGAAAUAUUACGGAAGGUUGUGAUAACGGUAUACCUUCGGUAAUUAAAUAUGCGGAUACAGCAUACGCUAAAAGUUAUCGACAGCUAGGUGAAACUCUUGUGCGGACGCUAGAAACAAAAGGUUUAGUGAAUGAUAAACAGUAAGCAGUGAUGUUUUAUCUUAAAACUUGUUAAUUUAAUUAUAUUUAAAAAUAAAAAAAUAACUAUAACAAA